GGGCGCAUGCGCGGCUGGCUGGAGAAGAGGGGGCGGGGCCAGGAGAGAGCAGCCUCUUCAUUUCCCGGGAAAAAGGAGGAGAAGGAAGGAAGGAAGGAAAGAAGGAGACAUGUGUGGCAUCUUUGCAUACCUGAACUACCAUGUUCCCCGGACACGGCGGGAGAUCCUGGAGACCCUUAUCAAAGGGCUUCAGCGGCUGGAAUACAGAGGAUACGACUCCGCUGGAGUUGGGAUUGACGGAGGCAACGACAAGGACUGGGAUGCCAACGCUGGCAAAAUCUCACUCAUCAAGAAGAAGGGGAAAGUGAAGGCUUUGGAUGAAGAAGUCAACAAGCAACAGGACAUGGACCUGGACAUUGAGUUCGACGUCCACCUAGGCAUCGCCCACACCCGCUGGGCCACCCACGGUGAGCCCAACCCUGUCAACAGCCACCCGCAGCGCUCAGAUAAAAACAACGAAUUCAUUGUGAUCCACAACGGGAUUAUCACAAACUACAAAGACCUGAAAAAAUUCCUGGAGAGCAAAGGCUAUGAGUUUGAGUCUGAGACGGAUACGGAAACGAUUGCCAAGCUGGUCAAGUACAUGUACGACAACCGCGAAAGUGACGACAUCAGCUUCACUACCCUGGUGGAAAGAGUCAUCAUACAACUGGAAGGCGCAUUUGCCCUCGUUUUCAAAAGCGUUCACUAUCGUGGCCAAGCCGUUGGGACCAGGAGGGGAAGCCCUUUGCUCAUUGGCGUCCGGAGCGAGCACAAGCUCUCCACAGACCACAUCCCAAUCCUUUACAGAACAGGGAAGGACAAGAAGGGCAGCUGCGGCCUCGCCCGCGUGGACAGCACCACCUGCCUCUUCCCCGUCGAGGAGAAGGCCGUCGAGUAUUACUUUGCCUCUGAUGCCAGCGCAGUCAUUGAACACACCAACCGGGUCAUUUUCCUCGAGGAUGACGAUGUGGCCGCUGUGGUGGAGGGCCGCCUCUCCAUCCACCGCAUCAAGCGCAUGGCCGCGGACCACCCGGGGCGCGCCGUCCAGACCCUCCAGAUGGAACUCCAGCAAAUCAUGAAGGGUAACUUCAGCUCUUUCAUGCAAAAGGAGAUUUUCGAACAGCCUGAAUCGGUCGUUAACACCAUGAGAGGAAGAGUCAACUUUGACGACUGCACAGUGAACCUCGGAGGCCUGAAAGAUCACAUUAAGGAGAUCCAAAGGUGUCGGCGUCUCAUCCUUAUCGCUUGCGGGACGAGUUACCAUGCUGGAGUCGCAACCCGCCAGGUGCUGGAAGAGUUGACAGAGCUUCCCGUGAUGGUGGAACUGGCCAGCGACUUCCUGGACCGCAACACGCCUGUCUUCCGUGACGACGUCUGCUUCUUCAUCAGCCAAUCAGGUGAGACAGCGGACACGCUGAUGGCACUGCGCUAUUGCAAGGAGCGGGGUGCGCUGACAGUGGGCAUCACCAACACGGUGGGAAGCUCCAUCUCGCGGGAGACCGACUGCGGGGUCCACAUCAACGCUGGGCCGGAGAUUGGGGUAGCCAGCACCAAGGCCUACACGAGCCAGUUUGUUUCGCUGGUGAUGUUUGCACUCAUGAUGUGUGACGACCGGAUCUCCAUGCAGGAGCGGCGCAAGGAGAUCAUGCAGGGACUCAAGCUCUUGCCAGACCUGAUUAAGGAAGUGCUGAGCAUGGACGACGAGAUCCAGCGCCUGGCCACGGAGCUCUACCACCAGAAGUCGGUCCUCAUCAUGGGACGCGGCUACCAUUACGCCACAUGCCUGGAGGGCGCCCUGAAAAUCAAGGAGAUCACGUACAUGCAUUCGGAGGGCAUCCUGGCCGGGGAGCUGAAGCACGGCCCGCUGGCACUGGUGGACAAGCUGAUGCCUGUCAUCAUGAUCAUCAUGCGGGACAACACUUACGCCAAGUGCCAGAACGCCCUGCAGCAAGUCAUGGCACGGCAGGGCCGGCCGGUCAUCAUCUGCGACAAGGAGGACAUUGAGACCAUCAAGAACAACAAGCGGACCAUCAAGGUGCCCCAUACGGUGGACUGCCUGCAGGGCAUCCUGAGCGUCAUCCCGCUCCAGCUCCUGGCCUUCCACCUGGCCGUCUUACGAGGAUACGACGUUGACUUUCCAAGAAAUCUGGCCAAAUCCGUUACUGUCGAGUAGCACGUUCUGCUGUGAAUGCUUCGGCAGGCGUUUGCAAGAGACUCUUUCUUUCUCUUUCUCCCCCUUUUCUCCCUCUUUUUUCUUACUGGAAGGUAUUGAUUUCAAUGACCCCAAAUGGGGGAAAUGCAACUCCGUUGUGUCCGAGAACCCUUGUUGUUGCUUGUUGCGUUUUGUGACCCCGUUCAGUGUGGGAUCCGUAGGCGUUGUUUAAAUGACAAUCCUUUCCACGUAGGUUUUUUCAUCCUCUUCAUUUUCCCACAAAGGUCAAAACAUUUCCAGGAAGCUGCUGAAAAACUAAGGAAGCUGGAGAAACCAUAGAUAGAGAUGUACUUUUUUUUGCACCAGAAGGUGGGAUUCCCUAUAGAAUUGACCUUUUGCGGUCCUCCUAGCCGUGCAACUUGCCCUUCCUUCAGCUUUGUGGGGAUCUGUCACACCAUGAAUGCACAAUUCACCAUUCUGUUGCUGCUUAUCCUUCACACCUUUUAAAUGUGAUAGAAAUGCAAGGCCUCCAAAGGAAGUGGCAUGCUCCUGACUGCUUCUGAUGGGAUCAAGCAUUUAGGGAUGCAUUUCGGAACAAGAUCUGUAAUGCAAUGAUUGCAUUAGGUGUGCACGUCAGGUGAGACUAGAUCGAAGUGAAGUAUUUAGGAAUGCAUUCUGGGAUGAGAUCUGCAAUGCAAAGAUUGCAUUACGUCUGGAAGUCGGGUGAAACUAGAUCCAAGUGAAGCUUUUAAGGAUGCAUUCUGGAAUGAGAUCUGCAAUGCAAGGAUGCAUUCUGGAAUGAGAUCUGCAAUGCAAGAAUUGCAUCAGGUCUGGAAGUCAGGUGAGACUAGAUCCAAGUGAAGCAUAUAAGGAUGCAUUCUGGGAUGAGAUCUGCAAUGCAAGAAUUGCAUCAGGUCUUGAAGUCAGGUGAAACUAGACUUCCAGAAUGCAUUUAAGGAUGCAUUCUGGAAUGGGAUUUGCAAUGCAAGGAUUGCAUCAGGUCUGGAAGUCAGAUGAGACUAGAUCCAAGUGAAACAUUUAAGGAUGCAUUCUGGAAUGAGAUCUGCAAUGCAAAGAUUGCAUCAGGUCUGGAAGUCAGAUGAGACUAGAUCUAAGUGAAGCAUUUAAGGAUGCAUUCUGGAAUGAGAUCUGCAAUGCAAGAAUUGCAUCAGGUCUGGAAGUCAGGUGAAACUAGACUUCCAGAAUGCAUUUAAGGAUGGAUUCUGGAAUGGGAUUUGCAAUGCAAGRAUUGCAUCAGGUCUGGAAGUCAGGUGAGACUAGAUCCAAAUGAAGCAUUUAAGGAUGCAUUCUGGAAUGAGAUCUGCAAUGCAAGGAUUGCAUCAGGUCUGGAAGUCAGGUGAAACUAGACUUCCAGAAUGCAUUUAAGGAUGCAUUCUGGAAUGGGAUUUGCAAUGCAAGGAUUGCAUCAGGUCUGGAAGUGAGAUGAGACUAGAUCCAAGUGAAGCAUUUAAGGAUGCAUUCUGGAAUGAGAUCAAUGCAAGGAUUGCAUCCGGUCUGAGAGUCAGGUGAGACUAAAUCCAAGUGAAGUAUUUAGGGAUGCAUUCCGGAAUGAGAUCUGCAAUGCAAGGAUUGCAUCAGGUCUUGAAGUCAGGUGAGACUAGAUCCAAGUGAAGCAUUUAAGGAUGCAUUCCGGAAUGAGAUCUGCAAUGCAAGAAUUGCAUCAGGUCUGGAAGUCGGGUGAAACCAGA